AUGUCCGUCGGGGAUAAACUGAACGAGGCCUUCUGCUGGCUAAAGGAAGAGUUCGACGAACUGUUAAUCGAUCUGGAGGUGGAAAAAAGUGAACUUAACGUGAGUGACCUCUGUACGAAGAUUAACAACACGUUUAGGAGUAUAAACGGGGAAGAGGAUUCCCUCCUGUGUUGUACGGAUGAUCAGCCCGAGGGAAGCAACAAGACAAAGGAACGCAUUAAGCAUGAGGAACUUGUACCAUGGAGUGAUCUGAAUUACUCUCUCUUCCAUUAUGUACACAUUUAUAAGAAAAUAAGCGAGACGCUACUUAUUGAUGAGGAAGAGUUUUGCUUCAAUUUCGAUGCAGAUGAUCUCUAUGUAAAGAAGAGGUUUUCUCGCAGUUUGGCUUUCCAUCCGCUGAUUAGUCCUAUUGACGCUGCGUAUUUUAACUUCCUCCUGUUUUGCAUUUCGGGUGGGUCGUGCGAUAAGGUUCCGGGGAGAGGGGCCUCCAAGGGGGGGGACUCGAAAAAGGGGGACUUCCAACACAAGGACUUCAAGGAGGAAGACUUCAAACGGGAGGACUUCAAAGGGGGCGACUUCAAAGAGGGAAACUUCAAACCGGAGGACCGCCCCCCUUCCCACCGGCGCCGAGGCAAUCGCGCCGAAAUAACCUACGCCUACAGCGAUGACCAUGCGUACAAGAAUAAUUUUGUCGUGACGAAGGAGGACUAUGCGGCCCUGAGCGAGGUGUUCACGAAGGUGCCAAAUGUGCAGCGGUGGCUGGAGCGGGAGGAGGACGCGCUGUUUAACUUUGGCCGGAGGGGCGGUACAAAUGGGGGCAAUCCAAAUGGAGGCGAGCCAAAUGAUCGCAGCACGAAUGGUCGCGGCGGCUCUCCCCCCGCGACUCUGACGCGAGAGGAGCUGAACCAAACCUAUGCCUUCUCCCUGAAACAUAAGACCUAUAUGGUGCACCCAGAAAUGAAUAGCAAGAUAACAUUUCUCAACGGGGAAAUAUCUCUAGUCGACACGGAUGCGAUAGUCCUCUUUGCGAAUCAUAACUAUCGAUUCACCAAAACGGUCUGCGAUCAUUUGUACUCAUCCACCCUCAUGAAAUUGGACGAGGAAGACAAGAUGGAAAUAAAAUCGAAGAAAAGUGGAGAAGCAUACCUAACAAACAGUUACGAUGGAAUUCACAAAUAUGUCCUCCAUGUUAUGCUACCAAAGUAUAAUAGCAAAUAUAUCUUAGCAACUAAUAAUACGAUGAACCUAUGUGUACAAGAGAUUCUAUGCGUGUGUGUCGAUAAAAAGAUUCAGUCGAUUUCUAUCCCCAUAGUUUGCUUUAGCGUUUUCUUUCCCAUCAAUAUAUUUUUAGUAAGUUUCCUGAAGAGUCUGCGGUCGCUACUUCUUGUUCCUGAGUUCUAUAACGCCAUCAGGUCAAUUGUCUUCGUUACCAAUUCGAAUGACUUGUACCUCCUGAGUUUGAAGUACGCGUCGAUAUUUUUCCCUCGAUGUCGUGAGGAAAUGUUCCUCUCCGCCAAUAUCGCCAUUUUGGGAAACAAGUACGGCUCCAUCGAUGUACGGAACAGAGGCAUCCGCAUUUUCAGGACGCUCCGGCGGGUCACCCGAGGAGGGCGCGUGCACCGCAGAGGACGGAAAAGGGGGAAGAUAGUCAAUACGGAGGGGGGUUCCCCUGAUAGGGAUACACCUGCCCCCCGGCCAUCUGCCUAUGCCCAAUGGGGACCCUCGUCAGCAUCGUCAUUAUCCUCAGCCUGCUCAGCAUCCUCCGCUGCGUCGUCCCGCUGCUUCACCUCAUCGGACAUUUUCAACGAAACAGACACGGAGUUUUUAACCCUAAAAACGGAAAGCGAGGGGCACAAAAAUCUAUACAAAUUAAAGGAGAUCAACAAAAGGGAAGACAAUAUGAUGGCAAACCUCGAGUCGUCUCUCCGUCUCAGUUCGAUGUAUAACAUAAAAAAUAAAUAUCGUGAAUUUGAAGUGGAUCCGUUUAUUUAUGAAUAUGGAAUUGACCCGCUUGGAAGGAAGACACUGAUCGUGAAUUUUUUUAAGUUUCCUCAAACGUAUAACUACCAUUUGUUGUUUCUGUUCCUAUUGUUUCACUUCAACUGUUUCAUGCGAAACCACUUUGUGCUGCUUUUUAUUUGGUCUGAAGGUAUAUCCACACAGAUCACAAACGUGUUGUCUCUUUUCAAGGAUCUUUUCCAGAUCGUUAAGGACUUCUUGCAUAAUCUGAAGGUCAUCUACUUCUUCAAUUACUCCCUCGCGUUUAAGAUCUUCAUCUGCGUCCUUUACCCGUUCAUCCCGGCCAGCAUUUACGACAACAUCGUGUACCUUAACGAUGCCGAGGUGAGGCAAGCAGUGUCCAAGUCAGAGCGGUGGAGAGGCGGUUGA